GACUGCGCACCGAGCCGGGAGACACCGCAUUGGCAGGAGACUUAGCACAAACGACUGAAUAUUGAUAUAAACGCGACUGCUGACUUUAACCUAAGAUUUUUCUUCGUUUCCUACGGUUUGUCUUUUUUGUGAAGAAUUAAAGGGUAUAGUUGAAACUAAAUGAAGUUCAGAAUGAAGAUUCUGUGUCUUGUGCUCUUCAUCAGCAUUGCAUUUGCUGCUGAUGAUGAAGAAAGGAAGGAAAGUGUUGGGACUGUUGUGGGAAUUGAUCUUGGGACCACUUACUCAUGUGUUGGGGUCUUUAAGAAUGGACGAGUAGAAAUUAUUGCCAAUGACCAGGGCAACCGCAUCACUCCAUCUUAUGUGGCCUUCACAAGUGAGGGAGAACGUUUGAUUGGGGAUGCUGCCAAAAAUCAGUUGACUUCCAACCCAGAGAAUACAGUGUUUGAUGCAAAGCGUCUGAUUGGGCGCACAUGGGGUGAUCCAUCUGUUCAGCAGGAUAUCAAGUAUUUGCCAUUUAAGGUGAUUGAAAAAAAGAGUAAACCCCAUAUUCAGGUUGACAUUGGUGGUCAGACAAAAACCUUUGCACCAGAAGAAAUUUCUGCCAUGGUGCUGACCAAGAUGAAGGAAACUGCAGAAGCAUACCUCGGCAAAAAGGUUACUCAUGCUGUAGUUACAGUACCUGCGUAUUUCAAUGAUGCUCAGCGUCAAGCAACCAAGGAUGCUGGUGUCAUUGCUGGACUGAAUGUGAUGAGGAUCAUCAAUGAGCCAACUGCAGCUGCUAUUGCUUAUGGCCUGGAUAAAAAAGAUGGUGAGAAGAACAUCCUUGUCUUUGAUCUUGGUGGUGGCACUUUUGAUGUCUCUUUGCUCACCAUCGACAAUGGGGUGUUUGAAGUCGUUGCCACUAAUGGAGAUACUCACCUGGGAGGUGAAGAUUUUGACCAACGUGUCAUGGAGCACUUCAUUAAACUGUACAAAAAGAAAACUGGCAAAGAUGUGCGCAAGGACAACAGGGCUGUACAGAAACUGAGGCGUGAAGUUGAAAAAGCCAAACGUGCCCUCUCCUCUCAGCACCAGGCGAGAAUUGAAAUUGAGUCUUUCUUUGAGGGUGAAGACUUUUCCGAAACACUAACUCGUGCCAAGUUCGAGGAGCUGAACAUGGAUCUUUUCAGAUCAACCAUGAAGCCUGUACAGAAAGUGCUGGAAGAUGCUGAUCUUAAGAAAUCUGAUAUUGAUGAAAUUGUGCUGGUUGGUGGGUCAACUCGUAUUCCAAAAAUCCAACAGCUUGUUAAAGAAUUCUUCAAUGGCAAAGAACCUUCCCGUGGCAUUAAUCCUGAUGAGGCUGUAGCAUAUGGUGCUGCAGUUCAAGCUGGAGUGCUGUCUGGAGAAGAAGAUACUGGUGACCUGGUUCUUCUGGAUGUGUGCCCCUUGACUCUUGGCAUUGAGACUGUUGGAGGUGUGAUGACAAAGUUGAUUCCCAGAAACACUGUUGUACCAACGAAAAAGUCACAGAUCUUCUCCACAGCUUCAGAUAAUCAGCCAACUGUAACCAUCAAGGUUUAUGAAGGUGAGCGUCCUCUGACUAAAGAUAACCAUCUGCUGGGUACCUUUGACCUGACUGGCAUCCCUCCAGCUCCAAGAGGGGUUCCUCAAAUUGAAGUCACAUUUGAAAUUGAUGUGAAUGGCAUUCUGAGAGUUACAGCUGAAGACAAGGGUACAGGUAACAAAAAUAAAAUCACCAUCACAAAUGAUCAAAACCGCCUGACCCCAGAAGAUAUCGAAAGAAUGGUCAAUGAUGCAGAAAGAUUUGCAGAAGAGGACAAAAAGCUUAAAGAACGCAUUGAUGCCAGGAACGAGCUUGAAAGUUAUGCCUACUCUCUGAAAAAUCAGAUUGGUGACAAAGAGAAGCUGGGUGGAAAACUGUCAUCUGAAGACAAAGAAGCAAUUGAGAAAGCUGUUGAAGAGAAAAUUGAAUGGCUUGAGGGCCACCAGGAUGCAGAUCUAGAAGACUUCCAAGCUAAAAAGAAAGAACUUGAAGAGGUUGUUCAGCCAAUUGUCAGUAAACUUUAUGGUGGUGCUGGAGCUCCUCCCCCAGAAGGUGAAGAGAAAGAUGAGUUGUAAGGUCUCCUAAUUUGUGUGUAAAUAAUUGGACUCCUUAAGGACUUGAACAAGGAGAAAAUGGAAAAACCUUACAGGAAUGUGUGGUAUCUUCACUUUGA